AUGAAGGGGUUCAUCGACGGAAUUAGCCAGGACGGCGCACUGGAAUUGAAGUUCACCUCGUCCAUGACGUCUCAACGUCCAUUUCGGCGCGCCGCCGCCCACGAACCCCCCCUUCGUGAAGAUACCGCGAAUUACGCGGCGGGUGCCCUCUUACCUUCAUGUCAACACAGGCGAACCGGCCACCGUCUCCCCCAAGCUUUGGCCACAGCCAUGACUGUAGAUCCGCUCGCCCAAAGCCUUAUGCAAACAUGA